GCGGCUCCGGCCCCGACCCCGGUCCUGCGCCGCCCCAGCCGCCGGAUCUCAGCGCUCUAGAUCGGGUGGCUUUUGGCGAGACGAGCCGCGGCUGCCGAUACAGCCGGCGGUUACUGCCCACGGCCUAGCCGGCUGACUUACCCACCUAACUGCGCUGAGCCAGUUAACCAGCGCGAUUUCACCGUUCAGCGUUAACUAACCAGCAGCCGCGGUGUCCCGUGUGAGCUUUUUGGUUACAGUAGCCUAUUUGUAACAUUAAUUUUCAGGGAGUCAGCUUGCUGGUUAACGCUGUUCUUAAGUAAUACGGUAAAAGUCAGCUCGCUGCAGGACUAGUUAUAGCUGGCCAACUAGCCUAGGUGUACUAGAUGCACUGGUGUCAGUGUCGCUUCCCAAGGGACUGACUGCAUGAGCGCAUUAAUUUCGCUGCUGGUUUUAGUGACCAGUGCAGCUCAGUAUUUAUGUGGUUUUUAAACACCUGCGCGUUAAAGGUAUUUUUGCAGGAAAUGAGUUUCGCCAAGACGGCUGGCACGUCCGCAUGAUCCCGGGCUGCUCUUACAUAAGCGGGUCCCGCGGUUUGUCACACUAUGGCAGCGCUCUGCUGUAAAUGGGGGGGAUGAUGAUGCGAAAUGUGGACACUCAGCGCCGCUUUUUGCUGAAUCCGGACUCUCUCCUGUCUCGGAGUCCGUCUGCGCAGCUUGAGCUGAAGUUUUUUUUAACUCUAGUUAUUUCACUCGGCUGUUCCCGUCUGACAUGUUUCUUUGCAGUUGAACACUUAAUUGCUGUGUAUCGUAGAAUCUGAAUCGGUCUUUUGAAUGGUCAUUGCCGGGAACGACAGCAGCCGAAUGCGAGUCCAAUUUGAAGAAGAUCUACACUGUUCAGACUGUACAGUGUUUUUGGAGUGUUUACAACAAUAUUCCUUCCGUGACGCGGCUUCCAUUGAGAUGCAGCUAUCACCUGAUGCGUGGAGAGAGGAGGCCUCUCUGGGAAGAAGAGAGCAAUGCGAAAGGAGGAGUGUGGAGGAUAAAAGUGCCAAAAGAGAGCACGUCGGUGGUUUGGAAGGAGCUGUUACUCGCCACCAUCGGGGAGCAGUUUGCAGAUCACUGCGCAGCAGAAGACGAGAUAGUUGGCGUCAGUGUCAGUGUACGCGAGCGAGACGACGUCGUCCAGGUCUGGAACGGAAAUGCCUCGUUUGCCGGUGAAGCAAACGUUUUAGGGAAGAUCUACGAGCUCCUCCCACACAUGGCCUUCAAAGCAGUGUUUUAUAAACCUCAUGAAGAGCAUCAUGCCUUUGAAGGAGGUCGCUUGAGGCAUUAGCGUCCCACGCCUGGUUCACCGUCUUCCCGAUUCCUGUCCCAGGAGUUGAAUGCAUAUCCUAUUUGAAUAGCAGUCUGUUUGGUUAAUUUUAACAGAAAUCACUUUACGGCUAGAGGAACAUUACAGAUGACUAUAUUUUUAUAGAUCCUAAUUACGAAGAUUUCCAAAAAUGCCUUUUGUCUCCCUUUGUGUGUUUUUUGCACGGCAGAGAAUUCAGGCACAGAUGCGUAAUGUGUUUGUUUUUCGCUCUGUCUUUGGGUUUCAUCCGUUUUCAUGUCACAUGUUGGAUUGGGUGAAAGCUGUGAUGAGGUCUUGGGUGCUCUACCCACACGGGCAGGCGACCUUGGGGGGUGUCCCCUGCCUGAGUCCGGUCCAGUAAGACUAGGUGCCAUCGUUUCCUCCGUGCGGCAUGGUGUCAUUUUCCAGGCUGGCAGUGACACUGCCAUCACCAUUAGCAACAUCUGCAGAUAAUACACAGGACCACCUAAUUUAAAAAAGAAAAAUGUAUGUACUACAUAGAUUACGUAUGACAGUAGGCUGCAGAAGGGACGUCGGACUGUGAAUUAAGCUUUUGCAGCUGUUAUAUAUCCAGUGUAAGGAAAUCCAACCUGUACAUUGUAAUACACUGACCUGGACUCUAACUGUAUGCAGCACAUUAUGUAUUUAUUUUAAAAUCACAGCACUUUUUGUAACAAAACCAGCAACCUUUUUAUAAAAACUUGAACGCAACAGUGUCACAUUGUUCAUGUUUAAAAAGUACUAAAUUUUAAAAAAAUUGUUGAAUACUAUAUAUCUUGGAAUGUAUGCUGAGGGAUUUGGAUUUAGAUGGACAUUAGCCAUAGUAUGAAGUGUUUUCCAACCCGGUCCUCGGGGACCCGCGGACAGUCCACGUUUUUACUCCCUUCCAACUCCAGGAAAAAUGCGGAGUUCCUGGCAGGGAGUUGGGAGGGAGCAAAAAUGCGGAGUUCCUGGCAGGGAGUUGGGAGGGAGCAAAAAUGCGGAGUUCCUGGCAGGGAGUUGGGAGGGAGCAAAAAUGCGGAGUUCCUGGGAGGGAGUUGGGAGGGAGCAAAAAUGCGGAGUUCCUGGCAGGGAGUUGAGAGGGAGCAAAAAUGCGGACUGUCUUGGGGGAGUCCCUGAGGACCGAAUUGGGAAACACUGCUAUAAAUGAUUUAUCUUGCGUCAGUAGCUCUUUACUCAGACCCAGGGGGGAUGAGAACUGAAUUGUGAAGCCCCGCCUGAUGGGGACUCUGGUUAUCUUUCCAUAUUUCAAUGACUUGAGUGGCCCUUUUCAUCCUAACGUUUGCUUCCUGUCAUAGGAUAGUCAUUAUCAUGCUGCCAACCUCCAUUUAAUCUCUGACUUUCCUUAGAUGGUUAUGUAUAUUUUAAUGUGUUUAAAAUAAAAAUAAAAACGUAUCAAAGUCUAGGGAUAGAUGGUGUAAUACUAUGUACCAAAGAGACCAUGAUUUCCUUUCCCUUUUUCCUUGGCGGGGAUCACUGCCAGUGAGCUCACAUCACCUGCCAAACUCUUUUCAAGGCCGUUAAUGUAUCGCAGCAAGAGCAUGCUCUUCAUUUCUGGCAAGCACACUGUUUUUUUACGUGUUCCUCUGUUGCGACUUAAUUUGCUGUAUUUUUAGAAGUGAUCUUUAAAAAAAAAAACAAAAAAAAGAGAAUGAAAUGUGAAGCCUUUAGAUGUGAUGCCGAAUGCAGGUCAGUGGGCAGCUUUCGCCGUUUCACUCAGGUUAAUAAAUGUAAAAACACAGCGGGAUGUUUCCCAGUUAGACGCCGUUCGCUGGAGGCCGAUUCCGCCGCUGCCCGUCAUUUCCCCCGAAGCUCGUGUCGCCGCUCGCGGAGGCGUUGCUACUCCGUUUCUUCUGGAGCGGUGCUUUGUUUUAUCCCAGACUUGUAUAUAUAUAGCCUACCUUUGCUGUAUGUUUAACUCCUGUACCCAGUUCUAGUGAAAAUUUGGUCUUAUAGGUUUUGAAAUUGUCAAAUAAAGUCUACGAACUGAUCAUA